UGAAAAUAUGAAUAAAAGAAAUGAAAUAACAUUUCUUUUUUCACCAGAACCGUAGAAUUAUUUUUCACGAAUGAUUCGAGGAUGAAAUGAAAUAUUUGAUCUUGUUUAAAGGGUCCCGCGCCUCUCGUCUGUCACAUGGAUUAGCCGCGGGUCGGAGGGAAGCAGAGGGAAGCGGCGGGAACACCCCUCCGUCGGUCGAAGCACGAAGCAUCCUCGCGCAUCAGCCAACUCCAGCCAAUUCCGAAACUCUGACUACUCCGAGCCGCGUAAACGGACAGCGGUAGUAGAUCGUUCGCGCUCGCGGCAGCGCUCGCGUCCGUCGUCAUUCAUCGUUUGGUAAAAUGGCCGACCACAGGGAACGGGACUCGUAUUAUUCGCAGACGGAUCUGCGUUCCAAGAAUGACGACCCGCCGAACUCGCGCCUCUUCGUCAUCUGCCACAAGAGUCUCGAGGAAGAUGAUCUCAGGAAGGCGUUCGAGAAAUUUGGCAAGAUCGAGGACAUCUGGGUAGUUAAGGAUCGCAACACGGGCGAGAAUAAAGGUGUCACAUACAUCAAGUUCUCCAAAACAUCAGAGGCGGCGUUCGCUCUGGAGGAGAUGAACGGCAAGAUGCUGGGCUCUGUUGGUAGACCUAUCAAAGUGAUGAUUGCCUCGAACCGGGAUCAGGGUUCUGUGCGCGAGACAAACGAAGAAGAGAGGUGGGUUCGCUUAUUCUGUGUAUUACCGAAAACUAUGACUGACAGCGAGCUGCAACAGGAAUUCUCCAAAUUCGGUGCGAUCGAGUACGCGACGGUUGUGAAGGAUCGCAGCACGAACGAGUCCAAGGGUUUCGGUUACGUCAAGUUCAAGAAGGUGUCGAGCGCGGCGCGGGCGUUCGAGGAGUGCGACAGGAAGUACAAAGCGGUGUUUGCCGAGCCGAAGAAACCGAAACCUGAUCACAACGAUGCCAAGUACAAUAAUGGACUGUCCAGCGCCGCGUAUGACGGUACCAGCGGCAGCUACGGCUCCUCGAAUUUUGGCAAGAGCAGCAUCAGCCUGGAGAUUGCGACCAACUAUUCCAAUUCGGAGGGUUACACGCGUCUGCAGGUGAUUGCGCAUCCGGCUUUGAAUCAAGAUCAAUUAUGGAAGCUCUUUGACAUAGUACCCGGGAUGGAUUACUGCCAUUUGAAGACCGAUGUCAGAUAUAGAAUGCCGCGUGGCCAAGCUGUAGUGGUAUACAACAAUCCGAGCGCAGCGGCAUACGCGCGUGAGAAAUUCCACGGUUUUGAGUAUCCGCCCGGUCAUCGAAUGAUUGUCAAACCAGAUUUGACAAGCGCGCCGCCGAAGAGCACGUCGAAACCUGGCGGUUCGACCGCUGGCAGCGUCGCCAGCGCGAGGACGGAUUUGGCACACUUAGCGGAGACCAUUGCUCAAGCCACUUCGUUGAUUCAAGCUGCGGGCUUAACGGCACCGAAUCACAUAUCCGUCAAGUUACCACCGGUACAACCAAUGGCGAGUAUAGACGCCGAAGUCGCCAAGAGGUGUUUCAUCGUUUGCGGUCCACCAGUGCCGCCUAUCUACGCUAUGAAGGACGCGUUCUGUAGGUUUGGAAAUCUUAUAGAUGUAUAUAUGUUACCCGGCAAGAAUUGCGGAUACGCGAAAUACGCCAGCAUUAGUAGUGCUAACGAGGCGAUUGAGGUUCUGCAUGGUCAAGAGAUUUGUGGUUCUCGGCUGAAGGUUCUUGAAGCGGAAGAACGAAAUGUUGGUGAAGAUCGACGGAAACGAUUACGAAUGGAUGAGGACGAGAAUUGAACGUGUUCUAAUAAAAAUGCGUAUCUCACUGACUGGUAUACACAAGCCGGACGCACGCAACAAAAAGAGACGAAUUUAAAGACUACUACUCACUUGACCACAUCAAGGGCCUGCAUCCAGGGAAAACUACUCCAACUACCUACCUAUAUAUAUUUAACUAUUCGCUUACGUUCGCGCAGCUGCAACUCUCUACGUUACUGAAACCUUUAACUGCUACUCUACUACUACUACUAUUACUUUUUAUCCUCUUACAUGGUCCGUUCACACACGAUACGUUGCGCGCGCGGACAAUCCGUGUUUCUGUUACUUUAAGAAGCCUGUGCGAACGUAUAUCGAUGAGCGCUUGAACUCACUAUGCAUUUUCUAUCUGAAAAUGCAGAAAUGUACACUUUUGCUUUUCCUUCGAAUUUCGCAUGGAGGCUCGGAGGAAGCAAAGCGCGCAUACACUGACGAAGUGCGCAGACCGCACUUUCUUGAUAUUUGUCUCCCAGACUGAUAUUCGUAUCUAUCUACUCUAAUAUAUAAGGUACCUGAGCCGAAGCCCAUCUAACUUAUUUCUUUUUAAUUUUCUUUAUAGGGAUAUAUUAAAAUAAAUUAAGUUAGAUUAAAAUUUUUAUUUCAGUCAUUCACAAAAAAGUAAAAUAUAUUUUACAUAUAAAAUAUUAAAUUUUUUUUGUGAAAUUGAUAUUGGACAUUAUUAUAUGUUUACGAAUAUAAUAAAGCCCGAAUCAGAAAUAAAUUCAAAAUAACAAACUAAACAUUUUCUUUGAAAUCAGUUUUAAAGUAAUUAUUAAUUACUUUAAAAUAAUAAUAAUUAUUAAUUUAAUUAUAAAAAUAAAAUCCCUUAAGGUUUACUCUACUGUUAAACAUCACAAUUAUCUUUAAUUUUGUUUUUAAUUAAUUUUUUAAUUUUUGAAAAUUUUUAGCUAUUUGUGUGGUAAGUAAAAAAUAUAUUUAUUUUUAAAAAAUCGACAUAUAUGUUCAUUUUUUUUUCUAUAGUUAGGAAGUUAAAUAAUAUUGUAAUAUAUUAUAAUAAACCAUGAAGUAGCAUAUACUUAAUAAAUUUUGCUGUAAAUUUUUAUAAAAACGGAUUAUAUGCUUUAUCAUAAGUUUUUAUUGUACUAAACAAACGCGUUGCUGCCAAUUCCAGUUUCCCAAUUUCUCUUUACCUAUUUCCUAUGACACAUUUUUUAAUUAUAUAUUCUAAACAUCACAUGCGUUUUAAAUUCGAUACAUUCACAAAUGGGCCUUAUUUAAUGCUGAGCUUUAUUCAGCUCAAGUACCUUAUUUUUAUUCUUUCCUAAUCUUUUAAUCUUUAGCUUUGCAAUGAUUGAUUCUUUGAAAUGAUUGAUAAUUAUUGACGAAUGAUGAAUUGAUGAAUGGUUAGAGGUUUACACAUUUUAAAAUUUUUUUUUUUUUUUUUUUAAUUAAUCUGAUUCUGUGAGAAUGUGGUGAUUCUUUGAGAAGUCCAUGAGAACAGUUGUGACUCUCCGAUUAUCCGUUCGCAUAAGCUUUUAGGUAUAAAUUAUACCUAAGGUUUGAACGAAGAGACCUUUUAUUUAUGAUUAAAUUUCUGUACUUUUUUUUAUAGUUAUAUUGCGUGCAAGAAAAGAAAUAAUUUGUAUUUUAUACGUCAUUAAUCACUUUUAUGACGAUAAGUUAAAGUUAUUGCGGACAAGAAUUAUUCCAAAACAAGGUAUAUUAUUGAGACAUUACUAAAAAUUUUGUGCUGUGGUGUGAUAACAAGAUAAAAAAUUGUUAUUUAAUCAAAUAUAUCAUGUCGUAUAACUUUGUUAUAUUGUUUGACUCAUAUUUGUAUAGAAUAUUUUAAUUUAUUGAUGCUUCGUGAGAUAUUUUGAUCAAUUCGCUUUUUUUACACACAUAAUUAAAAUUUUAAUUAAUAAAAAUUUAAUUUGAAAUUUUUGCGUUUUAAACGAAAUAUUAAUAUACAUGAAAAAAUACUUUCAUUAAAAGCGAACAAUUCGUUUAGAAAAGAUGUUUAAUUUAUCGAAGAAACGAUGAUAUUUUUUGACUUUUAAUACACAAUUAAGAAAAUUUUUAUAAAAAAAAAUACGAAAUAUUAAUGUAAGCUAGUACUCAAUAUUAUACGCGUCGAUGUUUCCGAUUAUUGAGUAAAAUCUUGUUUUGGAAAUGGUUGAUGUAGAAACGAAUGAAAUGUACUGGCAUGUAGACUGUUUUUCGUUCGGAAGUACGACAGAUGAAAGGAGGGUAGGUUUUGUCACUUACAGUAAAAGAUAGGAAAAAGAACAGACGAUUUUUCCUGAUAUGCAAAAAACCUGAUAUCCAUCAUUACGAAAUCAGACGACCUCGUCAUACACCCGGUGAUCGACGCACAACAUUGAACGUUUUAUGAUGGACACACAUUUUUUGUACUACCGUGCGGUUAGACUCUCACUGUAUUGACCGGAUGAUGUCCCAGAUGACUGUAACUGUGACUUGUUUUCUUUGGUGAUAUCAAAUACACAUGGAAUACGCAAUAAAUCCCAAACCACCGACUCUUUCACUUUCAUUUUCUUUUUACUUUGUCGUUUAUUGUCUAUUGGAGUAUUGUACAAUUUUGCCUAAUUGAUACACUGAUUCUUUUUGAUAAUCUGAUAUGUAUUCUUCUCACUUUCAGGAUAUCGUGAGGAUUCCACGAAGCACUGUACCUGAAGACUGUGAUAUUUCUAGCGGUAUAAGAUUAUUAUAAUGUUUCUACGAGAUUGUAUAUAUGGGGAGGAAAGUUUUACAGAAUAUAUUAAAUUAUAUUUUUAGCACAAUUUCUAAUUGUAUCACGUAAAUGCAUUAAAAUUUUUUUUUUUUUUUUUUUUUUGAGACAAACUCUUGUCUUGAAUAUAUGCCUCUAUUAAACAAGUGGACGAAUAAGAGCGGACUUUUCAUCGCCUCUCUAUUUUUAAAAGUCUUGUUAUGUUUAGAUGGAGUUUACUUAUAUCGAUAAAAGAAUUAAUUAGAGACAAAUUACAGCAUAAGUCUAAAAUAUAAAAUAAAGUGAGUUUUUUAAUUCAUUGAUUGCAUUAAUUGACAGAACAAAUUGUAUAUAAUACGAUUGAUCAAUCGAUGAAUUAAAAAGUUAUAUUCUAAAUAAUAUAAUUGUGAUUAGAAAUUACUUGGCAUAAUUUAAUACGAAUAAAACAAAUUAUACAACAAAUGGUGUGAUCUCUCGCGACAUUUUC